AUGAACGAAAAAGCGAGGGACGAAAUGAUACGCACUGAGAUGGAGUGGAUUGAAAUAAGUGAGGAACAAAGACGAAAAGAAGAACUCAUUAAAAAAGCUUCAAAAGAUAAACGGUACGCAAUGGAAGGUGAUAGGAAAGCCGACAUGUUACAACAGUUAGGAAGUAAGCAGAAGCACAGAAACAACUUAAAUGCUUAUGAAAUUCAACUAGAAAGCGAGAAACAAGAAGAAAGAAAAAUAGAAGAAGCAAAGAAAAAACAUAAUUUGACACUUCAAUUUAGAAAAUCCGUUCAACAAUUAAAGAAGCAUCGGAUCGAGGAUGCCAGGAUCAAUAAGAAAUUACAUUCCAUAGAAUAG